AUGGUAUGGAGCGAAAAAUUUCUGGAAUUUCUUCAAAUCUAUCACAGAGUGAGAAUCGAAGCUUGUCGACGCUUUUAUAUCCUCGAGAAUGCAAAGAAGCUCAACGUUCUAAAUGUCAGAAGAUUCUGUGAACGUUUGUUGAUUGAGACUAAUAGUAUCGCACAGCCAUAUACUUUUGAAAAGUUGUGGCUUGCAUCUGAAUUCAAUUACAAUCGCUAUUUGACACUUCUCUUGAAGCAUGUUGAAAGUGGAAAACGUUUGGCAGCUAUUCUAAAGGAUUUGGAUGUUGAGGCAAUGUCAUCUGAAUUCAUGAAACAGUGCACCAAAUAUUUUUUCGAGAACUCUAAAAAUGAUAUUGGAGAGUGA